CACCCACUCGGACUCGUAUCAGUCUCCACUGCAAUUUUCAGCUACCUCCAAGGCUCCAAGUCGAAGCGAAACCAUGGCAGCGGCUCUAGCUCGAGUCUCGAGGAAAGCCCUGCGCGCAACCCACGCCAAUCUCCUUAUACAGCGUACCCUCGCCACCGCUGCGGAAGCAGCAUCGCCAUCACCAUCGGCGGCACCGAAUAGGAUCACGGAGUCGCCAGAUCGCGUGUGGUGGGACUACAGAGGGCAGAGGAAGAUAAUACCGCUUGGUCAGUGGCUCCCGAAGGUCGCCGUUGAUGCCUACGUGGCACCGAACGUGGUUCUGGCCGGCCAGGUUACCGUCUAUGAUGGAGCCUCCGUUUGGGCUGGCUCCGUCCUCCGCGGUGAUCUCAACAAGAUUACUGUUGGAUUCUGCUCCAAUAUCCAGGAACGCUGCGUCCUUCACGCCGCCUGGUCCUCUCCAACAGGCUUGCCAGCGGAGACAUCUGUUGACAGAUAUGUGACCGUUGGUGCAUACAGUCUUCUGCGAUCCUGCACAAUUGAACCAGAGUGCAUUAUUGGGCAGCACUCCAUUCUUAUGGAAGGUUCCUUGGUGGAAACCCACUCUAUCCUUGAAGCUGGGUCUGUGGUUCCCCCAGGGAGAAGAAUUCCAACUGGUGAACUUUGGGCAGGAAAUCCGGCAAGAUUUGUCAGGAAUCUGACCCAUGAAGAGACCUUAGAAAUCCCUAAACUUGCCGUUGCAAUUAACGAUCUGAGCAAAGAACAUUCCUCGGAGUUCCUUCCAUACUCUACUGUUUAUUUGGAGGUUGAGAAGUUGAAGAAGUCUUUGGGGAUAUCCAUUUGAUCAUGUUUGUUGUCAUUUUUUCAUGCAUCGAAUUUUUGAAGUUUCCCUGUGACGAAAAUAAGCAGGUCCAAGACAUGAAACAAGCUUUUAAAUUCCCUGUGUAUUUGGCUUUGCUAGCUGUUUAAAGAGUUGUUUGGAAGUCUGAUUCCAAAGAUGUUACAUCAGUGAUUGAAGUCACUUAUUAAGAAAUUUUUUGUUUA